GCACAUUUCCUAGAAGCUACAUGAGGCUGUACAAAGCUAGCCAGUUAUAUAGCCUAGUUUACGUUUCAGCCCUGACUUUUGUAGAAUAAGACCUAACGCUAUACCUUUGAGUGGUGAUAUUUAUCAAGAACAGACGUUAAACAACUGGGAGAUUUGGUAACGCAUGUAACUUAUUGGGAAAUAAUUCGUAUAUCUAGCAAGUUUGUUAAGUAGCUAAAAUAACUAGCUAGCUAGUCUUUACUUUAUAAAGCAGUAUCUUGCUAGUUGUCAAUAUGUCAACAUGUAAAUAACUGUCUUAUAGUUCAUGUAAAUUAUUGUCUAAAAACCAGCGAUCCGAAAGGAAUGUGCUGCGUUUACUAACUCACCAUACAACAUCCAUAUAUUUUUGCUUCUGUUUCAAUGUUUGCUUUGAAGCUGUGAAUCGUCGCAAUGUUAUCCUUCCAGCUCUUUGCUAACUAGAAUAAACUUGGAUUCACAGACAACAUGCCUGUCCUCUGCAGCAGCUGUGCAGAGAAGCGUGCGGUGCUGAAACGUCCUAAAACUGGCCACUCUCUCUGUAAAGAGUGUUUCUUUUGGGCUUUUGAGGAGGAGGUGCACCAGACAAUACGUUUAGCACAGCUCUUCAAACAAGGAGAGACUGUUGGAAUCGGAGCCUCUGGUGGGAAGGACUCCACUGUGCUUGCACAUGUCAUGAAAGUCCUCAACGAACGUUACAGCUAUGGUCUUAAACUUCUGCUGCUGUCUGUGGAUGAGGGCAUCACAGGUUACCGUGACGAUUCCUUGGAAACGGUGAAGAGGAAUCAGCAGCAAUACGACCUGCCUCUUAAGAUAGUGUCCUAUGAGGAGCUGUAUGGCUGGACAAUGGAUGCCAUAGUUAAACAGGUUGGACUGAAGAAUAAUUGCACUUUCUGUGGAGUUUUCCGAAGGCAGGCGCUGGACCGGGGAGCCAUUAUGCUGAAAGUGGAUAAGAUAUGCACAGGUCACAACGCAGACGACGUGGCCGAGACAGUUCUGAUGAACGUCCUCAGAGGGGACAUCGCCCGCCUUCGCCGCUGCACCUCCAUCAGCACGGCCAGCGAGGGGGAGGGCGUGGGGGAUGGCGUGGUGCCCCGCUGCAAGCCCCUCAAGUACGCGUACGAGAAAGAGAUCGUCCUUUACGCUUAUUUCAAGAAGCUGGACUACUUUUCCACCGAGUGCAUCUACUCCCCCAACGCCUACCGCGGCCACGCCCGGGCCUUCCUCAAAGACCUGGAGGCCGUGCGUCCCAGCGCCAUCAUGGACGUCAUCCAUUCCGGGGAGAACCUGUCUGUGCGGGAUGACGUGAAGAUGCCCGUUCAGGGGAUCUGCGGUCGCUGUGGCUACAUCUCCAGCCAGGCCCUGUGUAAGUCCUGCGUCCUGCUGGAGGGCCUGAACCGCGGCCUACCCCGGCUGGGGAUAGGGAAGCACCACCGCCUGCAUGGGAAGAUCCUCUCCCAGCAGGCUCUCACCCCGGAGGAGGAGAGGAAACUCAAAGCUGUAGACUUCUGAGAACCACUGAUGGACUGGGUUCAUGACACGUUGCAUAUCUCUUAAGUGUCCCAAAGCCAAAUAUGAUGGGUUGUUAUAUUUGUAUUUGAAUUAUCAUGCCACCUCAAUCGUAGCUAUCAUAGACAGGUUAGGAGUCAGUGGGUACAAUAAUUCCUCCCUGCUCAUUACUGGAUUUUGAGUACAGUUCACAUGAUACUAGUACCUAGUUCAAAAUAUGAUGUGCAUAAUAAGGUUUUAUGGUACAACAAACAUGUUUAAUAUCUGUAUAAUAAAAUGUUAUAUUUAUUUUGCUUA